AUGCAACCAUUAUUGUGUCCUUAUAGUGAUACAAGUGAUUCAGAGUCAGAAAACGAUGAAAGUCCCUCAAAUGGUGUUUCAAUAACCCAUAGCUCAACUUCUCCAGUUAAGGCAGACAGUGCAAGACAAUCUAGGAAAGCAUUAAGUAGUCUAGGAGCAAGAAAAAUGAGAGGCCGAGGUAGAAGAACGAACACAAUUUCACCUACAACCCCCGAGUCCACAACUAACAGGGUGUUUAUAUGGGAUUUAGAUGAAACCAUAAUAAUAUUUCAUACUUUAUUAACUGGCAGUUAUGCUACCAAAUAUCACAAAGAUGCUCGAAAUGUUGUUCAACUUGGCUGCAGAAUGGAAGAAAUGGUUUUUAACUUAGCUGACACUUAUUUCUUUUUUAAUGAUAUUGAAAAAUGUGAUCAAGCCCACAUUGAUGAUGUCUCAUCACAUGACAAUGGGCAAGAUUUAUCAAACUACAAUUUUGCAACGGAUGAUUUUCAUGCAGCUUCCAUGGCUAGUAAUGGCAAUUUAUGUUUAGCAGAUGAUGGAGUCGACAGGAUGCGUAAACUAGCCUUUAGAUAUAGAAAAAUUAGAGAAACUUAUAAUAAUUACCGAAAUAGUGUGGGUAGUAUUUUGGGGUCAAAUAAAUGUGAGCAAUGGUUGCAGCUGAGACAAGAAAUUGAAGCUAUAACUGAUAAUUGGUUGACGUUAGCUUAUAAGUGCCUGACACUGAUAAAUUCAAGGAGUAAUUGUGUUAAUGUGUUAGUUACUACAACGCAGCUGGUUCCUGCUUUGGCAAAAGUAUUACUUUUUGGUUUAGGAAAUGUGUUUCCUAUAGAAAAUAUUUAUUCGGCAACGAAAAUUGGGAAAGAGAGUUGCUUUGAACAUGUCGUAACUAGAUUUGGUAGCAAAUGUACUUAUGUAGUGAUUGGAGAUGGGCAAGAUGAAGAAACUGCAGCUGAAAGUCUAAGUUUUCCGUUUUGGCGAAUAACAAGUCAUAGCGAAAUAGCUGCGUUGUAUGAUGCCCUCAAUAUGGAAUUUUUAUGA